CACCAUACUCAUAAACAGCUUGUGCCAGUACUAGACAUUCUACGUUGCUCAAGCUCAUCUUCGUCGUCGUCGUUGUCGUCGUCGACGUCGAUUGUUGAGUACCACGUGUGAAAUAAUCUCCGGCGAUGACCAAAUUAGGAUUACUUACCGGGAAGACGUCAGCCCCAUUUAAGACUUGAACUGCUGCUGCGAAUUCCCUCGUGUCUCUUUCUCUUGAAACAAUGUUGUUGUCCGCGUUCGCCGCCAGCCUCGUCCUACUUCCUUUUGCUUCAGCUGGUGUACACAAACUAAAGCUUAACAAACUCCCACAAGUCUCGCCAGGUCAUAAUCUCGAGACCGCUUACCUCGCGGAGAAGUACGGCGCACAGGCUCCUUACCAACAGCUACCUUUGAUCGGUGCUGGCGGUGCUGGUCGUCACAUUCGUCCACCAACAGGAGAAGAUGAGCUCUUCUGGACUCAGGAGAUUAUCAACGGUGGUCACGAUGUCCCCCUCACCAACUUCAUGAAUGCUCAGUAUUAUACUGAGAUCUCCCUCGGCAACCCGCCCCAGUCAUUCAAGGUUAUUCUUGACACUGGGUCGAGUAACCUCUGGGUUCCCAGUUCCAAGUGCACUUCUAUCGCGUGCUUCCUUCAUGCCAAGUACCAGUCCGGUUCUUCUUCUACAUACAAGGCCAAUGGCUCCGACUUCUCCAUCCAGUACGGCUCUGGCUCCAUGGAGGGCUUCGUCUCCAAUGACGUCCUCACAAUCGGUGACAUCACUAUCCGUGGCCAGGACUUUGCAGAGGCCACCAAAGAGCCCGGUCUCGCUUUUGCCUUUGGCAAGUUUGACGGUAUUCUCGGCCUUGCCUACGAUACCAUCUCCGUCAACCACAUCACUCCUCCUUUCUACAGCAUGGUUAACCAAGGUCUUAUUGAUGAGCCCGUCUUCGCCUUCCGUCUUGGUGACUCCGAGCAAGACGGUGGUGAGGCCACAUUUGGUGGUGUCGACCACGCCGCCUACACUGGUAGUAUCUCCUAUGUCCCUCUCCGCCAAAAGGCAUACUGGGAAGUUGAGCUUGAGAAGGUCGCAUUUGGAGACGAUGUGCUGGACCUUGAGAUGACAGGUGCCGCUAUUGACACUGGCACCUCCCUAAUCGCACUCCCCACCGACAUCGCCGAAAUGCUCAACGCCCAAAUUGGCGCCACCAAGUCAUGGAACGGUCAAUACCAAGUCGACUGUUCUAAAGUCCCAUCCCUUCCUGAAAUGACGUUCUAUUUCGGCGGCAAGCCCUACCCACUCAAGGGAAGCGACUACGUCUUGGAAGUCCAGGGCACGUGCAUUUCCUCAUUCACCGGUAUGGAUAUCAACCUACCUUGGGGUUCACUGUGGAUUAUCGGUGAUGUGUUCCUCCGCCGAUACUACACAGUUUACGACCUCGGUCGGGACGCUGUUGGGUUUGCCAAGGCUGCAUGAGGGCCCCAACGCCAUCUGAUAUCAUGACGAAGCCAGUAUCUAUACCACGAGGUGGCGUAUGCAUGUAUUGUGCACAGUUUGACACACUUCAAUUAUGAGUGCUUGGAUGCCCCGGUGUUGAGUUGUAAUAUAAAUUCGAUGCAUUGCAUAGCGUACACAUGUACCGCAUCGAUUUUUGAUAAACCUUGUGC